CGCCGCCCGGGCUGCAGCGGUCCACGCGAGUGCCUGCAUGUAUUGGUGCUCAGCUACUGUUGCAUGAAAGAAAAGAAGAUGCCCUAGCCCUGAUCCUGUAGGCAAAUCAUCGAGUGACGUUGGGCAAGUCACUUGAAGAUCAGAAGAUUAUAGUCUCAGCUCCUCUGAGUCUAAGAUGGCCAAUAACCCAUGUGCCAGGUAGCACUCUAUGCCAAUCUUGAAUGCCAACAGGAAGUCGCUGGACGGCAAACCCUUCCAAGAUCAUAACUGGGCUGCUGGAGUAACCUGGAAAAGAAGAAAAAAGAAUUGGAACCAUGACAAAAGUGAAUAGAGCUCGGUCUACCUCCCCACCGGAUGGAGGCUGGGGCUGGAUGAUUGUGGCUGGCUGUUUCCUUGUUACCAUCUGUACCCGGGCAGUAACCAGAUGUAUUUCAAUUUUUUUUGUGGAGUUUCAGACACACUUCUCUCAGGAUUAUGCACAGACAGCCUGGAUCCAUUCCAUCAUAGACUGUGUGACCAUGCUCUGUGCUCCACUUGGGAGUGUUGUCAGUAACCAUUUUUCCUGUCAAGUGGGAAUCAUGCUGGGUGGCUUGCUUGCAUCUACUGGUCUCAUCCUGGGCUCAUUUGCCACCAGUCUGAAGCAUCUCUACCUCACUCUGGGAGUUCUUACAGGUCUUGGAUUUGCACUUUGUUACUCUCCAGCUAUUGCCAUGGUUGGCAAGUAUUUCAGCAGACGGAAGGCCCUUGCUUAUGGGAUCUCCAUGUCGGGAAGUGGCAUUGGCAUCUUCAUCCUGGCUCCUGUGGUUCAGCUCCUUAUUGAACAAUUUUCCUGGAGGGGAGCAUUGCUCAUCCUUGGGGGCUUCGUUUUGAAUCUAUGUGUUUGUGGUGCCUUGAUGCGGCCAAUUACUCUGAAAGAGGACCAGACAACUCCAGAGCAGAACCAUGUCUGUAGAACUCAGACACAAGACUUUCAGCGGGCGUCUCCCUGUUCGACUUGGACUAAAGAAUGGGUGCAGACCUGCCUCUGUGGCUCUUUGCAGCAGGAAUACAGUUUUUUACUCAUGUCAGACUUUGUUGUGUUGGCCAUCUCUGUUCUGUUUAUGGCUUAUGGCUGCAGCCCUCUCUUUGUGUACUUGGUGCCUUAUGCUUUGAGUGUCGGAGUGAGUCACCAGCAAGCUGCUUUGCUUAUGUCCAUACUUGGGGUGAUUGACAUUAUUGGCAACAUCACAUUCGGAUGGCUAACCGACAGAAGGUGUCUGAAGAAUUACCAGUAUGUUUGCUACCUCUUUGCCAUCGGACUGGAUGGGCUCUGCUAUCUCUGCCUCCCAAUGCUUCAAAGUCUCCCCCUGCUUGUGCCUUUUGCUUGUACUUUUGGCUACUUUGAUGGUGCCUACGUGACUUUGAUCCCAGUAGUGACCGCAGAAAUCGUGGGGACCACUUCUUUGUCUUCAGCACUUGGCGUGGUAUACUUCCUCCACGCAGUGCCAUACUUAGUGAGCCCACCCAUUGCAGGAUGGCUUGUAGAUACGACUGGCAGCUACACUACAGCGUUUCUUCUCUGUGGAUUUUCAAUGAUAUUUAGUUCUGUGUUGCUUGGCUUUGCUAGACUUGUAAAGAAGAUGAAAAAGCCCCAGCUGCGGUUCCUUGCCAGAGAAUCAGAUCCCAAGCUGCAGCUAUGGACCAAUGGAUCAGUGGCUUACUCUGUAGCAAGAGAAUUAGAUUGGAAAGAUGGGGAAUCUGUGGCUAUAGCAAUGCUUGGUUCCAGCCCCACAUGAUCAAAGGCCUUGAGCUUGGGAAUCUUCAGGGCUGAGAGAGGUGGGACCACUGUACUGUACAUGUUUCUGAAGGAUUUUAUUUUGGCAGAAGUAUUGCCUUCCAAGGAAAUUUACCGUUUUGUUAAUAUGUUUGUAGGGGGAAAAUAGAAAAUAACAAAGCAAGCUGGACUGGCUCAGAGUUCCCCCAUUUGGGACUUGUACUCACAAUUGAAUCACAUCUUUUGGGCAAUGAGCAUCACGCCAUGGAGAAUGUUAGGACAUAGCUGAUAUAAUUAGCUGUAAAUA